AUGGCGACCACUCCCCCGCCGCCUUCGCCGUCAUCCUUGCGGAUUCCUACCGCGCCGCGCCAUGGUGCUGGAUACGACCAAUUUGAGCCAUACCCGACUCGGUUCUCGGCUAGACUAGCAAACCAGCGUGCAUCGAGAACAACAGAAAGGACGCCUGAACCAGUCUGGCCAGGCUCACCCAGUAAGAUGCGAUCUCGGGCUUCACCGAAAAAGUAUCGAAGAAUCGAUGGGGAGACGAUGUCUCCUCCCGGCAGUAGCUCGAAGUCGAUGGGAAGUGAAGCCUCCAAGCCUCCACCCAACUUCACAUUUGCGACCAGCGAGUCUGAGUUGGAUAUCUCUGGACGUCACCACCAUCAGCAAUCUGCACAUUCUCAGCCCCACUCGGCGGCGAAUGAGGCUUUGCCAACUCCUGCUAAAACCCCGUCGAAAAGAAAGGUCCAGGGCGAUUUAUCGUCCACGUCCCGCACUCUCUUCCCAUCAAACAGCAGAAUGUCGGCCAAAAAGCCUUCCCCGUUCUCACUUGAGAGCUUCGAAGCUCCUGCAUCGAAGGAUAUCCAAAUCUUUACGGACUCUCGUGAUCGCAUUCCCGUUGCCGGCGCCGCAGAGAAGAAUCCGUUUGCUUCAAAGUCUGAAGCUGCCGGUUCUAUCAGAAGGGCUCCAAGGCGCAUGUACAAAUCCGGCGAAAGUUCUAACUCACAGAACGCCCCUGUUACGGCCAGCAGCCACGGCAAUAUAACCCCCAGCGAUGACGAAUAUCUGUCUACCCCGGAGGAUGGGAUGACCAUGAUUUUUCGUGGGAAGAAAGUCCACACCAAGUUUGAGUUUGAAGACGAAGAUGAGGGCAACGAUGAGAUGGGCCUGUUCGCUGCUCGUCCUGAUCUGCUGGAUGACAGCCAAGACAUCCUGAAUAGCGUCAAGCCUCUGACUCGCAACUCUGUCAAACCCCGCGUCCUCUUCCCUGGUCCAAAGAACGACAAACCCCUUCACGAGGAGGAAGCUGCCACGGACGAAGAGGAUAGUGAGGACGCCGAGGUCGAACCCAGUCACGUCAAUUCUACCCUAUUUUCACCCUCCCUGGACUGCCCCCCAGCUCCUGGAGCGACUCGUCUUCUGCGAUCCAAUGCCCGUUUCGCAACUCAGGUUGAUGAGACCCCCAGUGGCACCAAAGCCUUGGACACCAAGCGGAAGCGUAUCAGUCCGUUUGAUCAGUGGCUGCGUAAGAAGCAGGCCCCUGAGGAUGUGUCUGCUCCUACCACUCCUGCGAAACGCCAGGCCGAUCGCACUGGCAGCCCUGUGGCCCAGCCUUCCGCCAAGAAGACUCGCAGUGCCCGUGGGGGUGCUGCCACUGCUCCUCUGGCUUAG